UACAAACUCAGUUCUCUUGGAGUCAAGGAGGAAGAGGCAGGUGUUUGUUCAUUUGUUUGACGUAUUGUGCUAGACUAUCAAUGGAAAGGCACAAUUCAAAACAAGGAUAAAAGGCCCUUCCUGACCUGAGUUUCUGCAGUGUCUGCGAUGGAGGCCUCUAAAUAAGUAGUCUGCAUCCACAGCAAUGGCCGGUACAGUGCACUGAGAGACCACACGGGUGUGAGCUGUGAAAAAGGGACUACUACAAUGGUAACACUAAUAACAGAGAAGCUACAGAAUCAGAGCCUGGACGAUCUAACGUGUAAAGCUUACUGCAUUAACCUGCACUGUCCUGAAAAGUUGAACCAAAGUGGCAACCUGUUCCCUUACGAAAUCCAUGACAAGAGCCCAUGGAGAGUUAUAAGCAGGGGCUGCCCCAUCAGGACUGAGAGUUCUACGACGACAAAGAAUGCAUCUUUCCAUUUUCCUGUGUGUCCUUUCAGCCACGGUGCUCCCGACAGCAUGGGAUUGCAGUGGCAGAGGGAAGCCAUCCCUGCAGCUGUCGGGACCAGCAACAGUGGAACAUGUGGUGGAGUGAGGAGCAGUAUGUCGGUCCUGCCGGGCUGGAUCAGCGAACUGAACCUUGAAAACUGCGUGCAACCGCUGGCGCCUCCCACCAAACGGCACUGCCGCUCCCUGUCGGAGCCGGAUGAGCUGGCACGUUGCCGGUCCCCAUGGAAACCCGGCAGCAGUUCCAAGGUCUGGACUCCUGUCUCAAAGCGGUGCUGCAACAGUGGGGGCAGUGCCACCCUACAGCGCUGCAACAGCCACGGUAGUGCAACUCUGCAACGCAGCACCAGCGUCAGCCUACCGCAGCCUUCCUCUUCCUCCAGCAGCUGCAGCAGCAACCACAUGCUGUCCCCGAACAGCAAUGCUUUCAGUGUCAUCAGCAGGGGUAGCUUCAACACUUCGCCCGUGCCCCGGCCUUCCUCUGCCAGCAGUGGCUUUGUGGACAGUAUUGAGGGGAGCACGAUGUCAUCUGGCAUCAGCUGGCACUCAGGAGGCCCUUAUGACAACCACCCACGGCGGCGGCUCUCCCUAUCGCAGGAGCACAUCACUGACACUGGGAACCUCCUGCCUUCGGCUAACAGCACUCCCACCUCCACCCCAGAGCUGAGCCGCCGGCAGGGCCUCUUGCGCUGCCGCUCCCAGCCCUGCGUGCUCAACGAGCGGAAAAGCGGGCUGAAGCGCAGGCGUGAGGAGGAUGUACGGUGGAGCCGACCCUCUCUGGAUUUCCUCAAAAUGACAAGGACUUUAAAAAAUUCAAAAAGCCUUUGCUCUCUUGAUUAUGAGGAGGAGGAUGAAGAUGACGAAGUCGAUGACGAUCCUCACAUGAAGACUAUUGUGUCGUCUCCCUGUGACUCUAAUGACCUCUUAAUGAACAUCAUCACUCCCGGCUCCAGUCCCAUGAAGGAGAACUCGGUCCGACACCGCCACAGAAUGGGAGGUCGCCACCUGCAGGCUUUUGGGAAUACAGCAGCUGUGAGCGAGAGUGAUGAGGACACCAGUGAUUGUGACUGUGGGGACUUGGAUCUGGAACAGAUCGAGAACAAUUGAGUUACCAGUUGUUUUUUUUGUAAGCUCCUUGACAAAGGACCACUUUUUUGCAUUGCAUAAAAAAAUCCAAACCCCUGUUCUAUCGACUUACCCGCCCAUUCCUGCUUCUGUACCUACCUAUCCACCCACCCACAAAAACAUAAAUAUAUACUUAAAUAGAUAAUCUUAUGUAUUGGCUGUUUUUGGGCCUGCUCUAGAAGAUUACAUUUGUAGGGUAGAGAAGUACGACGUUAUCACCUGAAAUUGUCAUUCAGUGAAUGCACAAUUAAGAUAGGAAAGAAUUAUUUUGGAUUUAAAAACCAAGAUGUAAAAUACAAAAUAACUAUGAAGUCUUGUUAGCUACUUUGCAUUGCACAGCUUAGUUCUGAAGAGAAAAAUACAGGCUUGUAAUAUAAAUUAGGUUUUUAAAAGGGUCUAAUAAAUUUAAACAGGUUUGUCUACAGUGGUAUCUACGUGGGUAUAUGAGCUGCUUUUGUGGAAAAAGUCAAGAGCUAUAUAAACAAUCAUCUUAAAAUGAAGUUAAAAGUUAACUAAUGGAAUUAAUGACUUGAGCAAAUGGUAAUAGAUUGUGUUAAUCGGUCAUGUCAUAGUAGAUUUGAUUGGUAGGCAGUUAAUCCAGACUGCACAAGAACUGCCUGUACAGCUAUAAGUGGUUGUAAAACAUCAUAAAUAGAAAAUAUUUUGCUUUAAACUUGAAAGGUAGGUGUGUGUGU